UUCCUGCCAGCCGUGGUUUAUUUUCAUAAUUCGUUGUGUUAUUGUUAUGAAUUAAUAAAGCACGUGUAAAAAUUUUUUUAAAAUCUUUUUAAUAGGCAGAAAACGAAAAGAUCCCCUUCCUAAUAUAAAAAUUUUACAAUUAAUUUAUUUUUUUUUUUAAAUUAAAAAAAAAUAUUGAAAUGGCAAGACGACCAGAACAUGCAGCUCCGCCUGAAAUUUACUAUAAUGAAGAUGAAGCCAAAAAAUAUUCCAACAAUACUCGUAUUAUUGAAAUUCAAGUAGAAAUGGCUGAACGUUGUGUGGAAUUACUUACACUCCCAGAAGAUGAAUCUUGUCUUCUUUUAGACAUUGGUUGUGGAUCUGGUCUUUCAGGUGGAGUUUUGGAAGAAAUGGGUCAUACUUGGAUUGGCAUUGAUAUUGCGCCAGCAAUGUUAAAUAUAGCUAAGGAAAGGCAAGUCACUGGUGAUUUAAUAUUAGGAGAUAUGGGGAACGGAAUGCCAUUUACAGCUGGCGUAUUUGAUGGAGCUAUAUCAGUAUCAGCUUUGCAAUGGCUUUGUAACGCAGAUAAAACUUCACACAAUCCACAAAAAAGGCUGUAUAAAUUUUUUAGUACAUUAUAUUCAUGCUUAACUAGGAAUGCUAGGGUUGCUUUACAGUUUUAUCCAGAAAAUGCUGAUCAAAUAGAAAUGAUAACGGCACAAGCAAUGAGGGCAGGUUUCUAUGGGGGAGUGGUUGUAGACUUUCCUAAUUCAACUAAGGCAAAAAAAUAUUUUUUAGUUUUAAUGACCGGUGGCGCAGGAGCCUUACCACAAGCUUUAGGUGAUUCUUCAGAAGAUAGACAAGUAGCUUACACAAAAAAACGAGAAAUGGUUAAAACAAUUCGCGGUAAGGCACCUAAGAAAUCCAGGGAGUGGAUUUUGCAAAAGAAAGAACGAAGAAGGCGACAUGGGUUUGAUACUAGACCUGACACAAAAUAUACUGGAAGAAAAAGACAAGAAAAAUUUUAAAUUGGUUUUUUAGU